AUGACUACUCACGUUGAGGGUCGCGAAUACGAUGUCAUCUUCGCAGNNGGUAUUCACAGACUAUUUCGCUUGCUGAUCUCAGUACUAACAAACAAUAGCGGUGGUACUGCAGCAUGCGUGGCUGCUGGCCGUCUAGCUGCGGCGGAUCCCAGCCUGUCGAUUCUUCUUGUCGAGNGGGGCAAGAACAACUACAAUGAUCCGACCGUCGUAAACCCGGCCAUGUNNCUGGUCCACCUGGCUCCAGGCUCUCAGACAGCAUUGUUUUAUGAAUCGAACCCCGAAGAAGCUCUCAAUGGCCGCAAAGCCAUUGUCCCGUGCGGCAUUCUCGGCGGAGGAAGUUCCAUCAACUUCAUGAUGUAUACUCGUGCACAAGGAGUGGACUUUGAUGACUGGGAGACUGAAGGGUGGACUGCAAAGGAUCUUUUACCUUUGAUGAAGAGGUCGCUGCACGGACACGAAGGCCCAGUACACGUUUCCAACGGAACGUAUUUCCAAGAAGAAGCGGCGCAGGAUGUCCUGAAUGCUUCAAUCGCCACAGGUCAUGAGGUCACUGCUGAUGCGCAGGAUCUUUUCAAGGAUAUCAGAGGUCUCAAGGGAGUGGGCGUCUUCUCCGUAAGUCUGGCGUGUACGUCGCUGAUAUUCUACGUCUUCGAUCGUUCUCCAGNNAAAUGGGCCAAAUAUAUCUCUCCCGAAGGAAAACGCCAGGAUGCUGCACACACGUAUAUUCAUCCCUUGAUGCAAUCUGGCGGUUAUCCCAAUCUACACCUCUUACUCAACAGCAAGGUGACUCGAGUGACUUUCGACGAUGACAAGCGAGCUAACGGUAUUGAAUACGUUCCAACACCGUCAUCACAACCUGUUGGUGGCGUCAACAGCACUGGUCCCUUCCAGGUUACCGCAAGAAAAAUGGUUGUCGUAUCCGCAGGAGCGCUCGGUACGCCGUCCGUCCUGGAGAGAUCUGGCGUUGGGAGCAAGGAAGUCCUUGAGAAGCUCGACAUCCCGGUGGUGAGCAAUCUACCAGAUGUUGGGGAGCACUAUCAGGAUCACCAUUUGAUCCUCUACCCCUACAAGACCUCUUUGAAGCCCUCAGAGACUCUUGAUGGGCUGCUCAGUGGCCGCAAAGAUUUUGGUGAGGCCAUCCAGAACCAGGAUCCAAUGCUCGGAUGGAACGGUAUCGACGUUUGCUCGAAGAUCAGGCCUACUGACAAAGAGAUCGAAGCCAUGGGCCCGAACUUCAAGGAACAUUGGAACAAAGAUUUCAAGGACCGCCCGACUAGGCCUGUGAUGCUGACAGGCGUCGUCCAGAGCUUCCUUGGAGACCACAAAGUCUUACCUCAACGCGAAGACGGCGAGCCACAGCAGUACUGUACGAUGGGUGCAUAUACUGCCNACCCGUAUUCUCGUGGAGAUAUUCACAUUACCUCGAGAGACGUCACGACACCAGCAAGCUUCAAUACUGGCUUUUUCAAAGCAGAAGCAGACGUUCAGAAGCAGAUCUGGGCCUACAAGAAGCAGCGCGAGAUCUAUCGUAGGACUGAUGCAUACAGCGGUGAACUGGACCUCGGGCAUCCCAAAUUCCCUGAAGGUAGCAAAGCCGCGUUGCAGGAUGGUCCCGUUGCGAAAUUUGCAUCGCAAGAAGAUCGAAACAACCUUCCGGAAAUCGAGUACACUGCCGAAGACGAUAAAGCCAUCGAGAAGCACGUUCGCGACAAUGUGAACACAACUUGGCAUUCGCUGGGCACGUNNCGCAUGACGCCGCGCGAGCAGGGAGGAGUGGUCGAUGCCGACCUGAACGUAUAUGGAGUCACUGGCUUGAAGUUGUGUGAUCUUUCCAUCUGCCCUGGCAAUGUCGGUGCAAACACAAAUAACACAGNNCUGCUUGUUGGCGAGAAGGCGGCCGAUAUCUUUGCCAAAGAUCUGGGACUUGGAGAGGUGGGACAGCCCCUAAGACGCAUGGACUCAGCAGAUCCACGAUCAGAGAAGGUGUGA